UUAUUACACAGAGAAAAAAUAUGGUUAAUCACAUAGAUCCGGGAAUAAAUCGUUUACCCUUUGCCGAUGAUUUUAUCUCAUCAGUACUAUUGUGACCGCGGUUGAAAAAGAAUAACGCUUCACUGAUAUCUUACAAAGUGAACUUUGUAUUGAAGUUGAAAGGGUUAAAAUGUUUUCCAGACAACUUAUUAUACAAAAAAUCAGUAUUCCAUUUGGAAUUUUAUUUUUAACAUUUUGUGCAAUUUAUGUAACAGGGUUUGAGAUAACGAUUUUACACACGAACGAUGUUCACGCGAGAGUUGAGCAGUUUAAUAAAUAUGGAUCAGCGUGUUCAGGAUCUGAUGCCAGUGAUGGAAAAUGUUUUGGGGGCGUGGCUAGAAGACUUUCAAAAGUUCAACAGAUUCGUAAUAGUCACGAAAACGUUGUUCUCUUGGACGCUGGCGACCAAUUCAUGGGAACCACGUGGUUUAAUGUACAUCGUGGACAUGCCACGGCGUUCUUUAUGAAUCAGCUUGGGUACAAUACCAUGUGCCUUGGGAACCAUGAGUUUGACCUCGGAGUUGAACCUCUAUCAAACUUCCUUAAGAACGUUACAUUUCCGGUUGUGAGCGCUAAUACUGAUAUAACGAAAGAACCACGUUUAAACGGAAAGUUUUUAAAAUCAAUUGUAACAAAUGUAGGUACAGAAACCAUCGGAAUCAUUGGAUACAUCACACCGGAAACAUCACAAAUAUCUAAAUCAGGUCCAACUGUCAGCUUUAAAGACAUUCUUACAACAGUACGUGAAGAAGUCCUAGAUCUUGAAUCUAGAGGAAUAAACAAGAUGAUUGCUCUAGGACAUGCUGGUUUUGACAUGGACAAACAAGUGGCGGGUAUAGACGGAAUUGACCUUGUAAUUGGAGGUCAUACCAAUACAUUUUUAUAUAAUGGUAACCCGCCUGCAGGUGAAGAUAUUGAGGGACCAUAUCCGGUUGUUGCCGACCAGCCAGGUGGUGGUAAAGGUCUCGUGGUUCAAGCCUAUACCAUGGGAAAAUAUCUUGGAUAUCUUAAUCUUACAUUUGAUCAAAAUGGAGUGGUGACAAAAUAUACAGGAAACCCUAUUUUAUUGGAUUCAAGUGUUCAGGAAGAUACUAUGCUCUUAUCCUAUGUAAAAGAAUGGAAGAAACCAGUCGAUGCCCUAAGUAAAGAAAUUAUCGGCUAUUCAAAGGUUGUCUUAGACGGUGACAGAGUACAUUGUCGGUCAAAGGAAUGUAAUUUGGGUAAUUUAAUAACUGACGCCAUAGUGGCGUAUCAUGUCAACUUCUCGCACCCAGCCUCUAAUUGGGCACCAGCAGCUAUAGCUGUGUGGAAUGGUGGGGGUGUAAGAGCCUCGAUUGACAAAGGAGAGGUGUCCGCUGGGGAAGCGAUGGCGGUGAUGCCGUUUGGUAACGAGUUAGAUGUUGUUACGGUAAAAGGCAAGAAUAUUCGUGACCAGCUUGAAAUAUCCGUGAAAGACUGGAGUGCAAAGGGUGAAAGUGGCCGUUUUCUUCAAAUGGCUGGUCUUAAGGUGGUCUACAAUACACGAAAUCCAGUUGGAAGACGUGUAAUAUCGGUAGAAGCAAGGUGUUUGGAGUGUGAAGUACCGAGUUACUCCCCCUUACAGGACAAUGCUGACUACAGACUAUUUUUGUCUACAUUCUUAAUUGGUGGUGGAGACGGAUACAACUUUCAACCGUUACACAGGGAACGUUUCAAUACGUUAGACCUGACGACAGUGAUACAGUAUUUCAAGCAGCACAGUCCUGUUUUCCCGUCAACAGAAGGAAGGAUUAGGUUUAUCACGUCAUCAGCUACAAGAUUGUCUGUUGCUGUCUCAAUGAUCAUUGUAGAAAUAUUAUUAUAUAAUAUUGUAUAGUAUUAUUUUAUCUCAAUAUUUGUGUGUAUAUUGUAUAGCUUUAUUAAUGUUUACUGUUACCAUAGCUAUAAUAAUUUACGGGUUAUGAAUAAUCAUUACAUUUUUUUAUUUUUCUGCCAUAUUGUAUAAAUAACAAAUAAAAAUUUAUACUUAAAACUACUAUUAUAUACUUUUUUCUAUCAUGUUUUUAUGACAUUUUUUCAUUUCUUGCUACUGUAAAUUUUACAUAGUUUUAUAUAUGUGUAGCCACAAAGUUACGUAAUAAAUGUCAAACUUGUCAAUAAAGAAUAUAAUUCAAUAUUAAACAUUUAUAAUUAUGUUCAAAACAUUAUUCAAUAAAUAUAACUGUAUAUAAUGUUUACCUCUGGUGAUUGUAAUUACUUCAUUGUAUAUCAUUAUCAAACCAUAGGUAUCC